UGUCAUUCUAGUCUAAUGCACAUACUAAUUUUAUUUUUGAUUUCUACUAGAAUCACAAUGAAUUCCAAUGCGCCCCUCACUCAAAAUGAACUCGAACAAAUUGUACGAAAAAUGUUUGAAGAACCAAAAAGUGAGGAUGAAGACUUUGAUGAAGAUAAUCCAAGUAGUGACGAAAAUAUUGACCCAAUGACACAUUCGGAUAGUGACUGGAGCAAGGCGCUUCAGACGGUGAUUCAGAGACAGAAAAUUCUACAGACAAUUGUUACACCGGAAAAGACCGUAUAACCAAAUGGCGAACAUCGAGCUACGGUAAGUGUUCAAAAACCAAAAAAAUUUAUAUUGUCAAAGAGCCUGCGGGUCUAAAAGCAUGUGCCAAAGAUAUAGUCAACGAAAUUGACGCAUUUUUCAAAAUCAUCAGCCUUUCCAUGAUGGCAAGCUUCAGUCUCGGCGAGUAUGUCGUUAUUGACGAAAUGUUAUAUCCCUUUAGGGGCCGAUGCAGGUGGAUUCAAUAUAUUCCCAGCAAACCUGCUAAAUAUGGAAUAAAGAUGUACGCCUUGUGCGAUGCUAAAUUUUUGUAUACCUCCAAUCUUGAAUUUUAUUGCGGUCGGCAACCCGAGGGGCCUUUCGUUUCAUUAAACUCUCCUUUUGACGUCGUCAAACGGCUUGUUGCACCAAUAGCAAAUUCCAACAGAAAUUUGACAACCGAUAAUUAUUAUACAAGUGUUCCCCUCUCGAACUAUUUACUCGAACAAAAUGUUACGUCCAUAGGAACUAUGAAGAAGAACAAAAAGAAGAUUCCUCCAAAGUUCUUGCCAAAUAAACAUCGAGCAGUUCAGUCAACUUUAUUUGGAUUCCAAGAAAACAAAAUGAUUACUUCCCACGUUCCUAAAAAAAAUAAAGGUGUACUCCUUCUCUCAACUUUAUACAAUGCAGAUGAAAUUGAUCCCACUACCAAUAAGCCUCAAGUAAUCAUGGACUACAAUGCAACAAAAGGUGGCGUCGACACUGUAGACAAAAUGUGUGCCUCGUAUUCGGUGUCUCGAAUCACAAGAAGAUGCCCUUGCGUUAUUUUUUACAGUUUCAUGAAUAUCGCUGAAAUAAAUGCACACGUUCUACAUUCGUUUGCCAAACCAAGGGAUUCGCCAAAGUUUCGGGGAAUAUUUUUGAAAAAUAUGGCUUUGACUCUUAUGAAGGAACACCUGAUUUUCAGAGCAAGUCUCCCCAUGCUACCCUCCGAUAUACGUGCAUUCCUAAAUUCAAACUAUGGACCACCUGCAGAAAAAAUACACGAAGAACGGCAAGCGCCAAAACGUGGCACAUGUCGUUCAUGUGUGGCAGAGAAGAAACGAACAUCAGCCUCUAUAAAAUGCCACCGUUGCAAUGGAUUUACAUGUAAACGUCACUCCAAGACUGCGGUUGUAUGCAAUCAGUGCCAGAAAGAAGAUGAUUCCCAAUCACAUUAAAGAAUAAAAUAUCCGAGCCAUGAGCCGCAGAAGCGCAAUUUGUGUACUCGUCGCACAGUAUUCGUCCCAUUUUUCGCCGAGAAGCAAUCGACUCAACAACGUUGAGAAUUCGCCGUUCCAUCAAUGGCCGAAUUAGCCUUCGUCGUUCGUAUAUAGAUCUCGAUCGAUCCACAACAAGUCAAGAUGUCGCCGUGCAGUUCGUAACAUCAUUGUUAACAAGCAGAACGUCAAAGCACCGCACAUAAGAAGAUUUCGUUGUAACAACAUCGACAAAUUCGACACUUCGUAGAAAAGAGCAAUCUUCGCCAUUGCAACAUCGUCUUCGUUGU